AGAGCACAACGUGCCAUGUUGCUCUGACACGCUCUCACCUCCUCUUCCUUCCUGCCGUGGCUCACCUCCAGGCGCGCAUUCUCGCACCAACACCGCCUUCAUCUUCCUCAUGGACGCACUCUGAAACACGCCCGUCAGGACUGAAGAGGGUCAACGACGCAUUCAUUCGGCUCCGUGGAGGACCAGCGAAGGCGGCACAUGGAGCACAAUGUGGACCAACGUGGACAAAAGUGGACUUGAGGACGCAACAAGUGGGAAUCAGAGCGCGCGAGCCGGACUCGAAACAUCUACGCCGCACGUGUGAACACUUACACUCUGCUGUGUUUACUAACUUCCUCGGACUAUUUUUAUUUAUUUAUUUAUUUUUUCGCAAUUCUGAUCCCCGAAGUGGCUCCGAAGUGGUGUUGCGGCUCCUCGUCCCCGGCGGAUCCGGAGAUCGGAGCCUCUGCACCGGGCGGAGGCGGGGCUCCGGCGGCCCCGAAGGGCGGCCGCGUCAGGAGGAUGGCACGGCUGGCGGCCGAGCUGCUGCUGCUGCUGGGACUUCUCCUUCUCACUCUGCACAUCACCGUGCUGAGGAGCAGCGCGCUGCCGCCCGCCAACGUCAGCCUGAGCCUGGAUCACAGCGAGCAGAACAUCAUCCAUGCAAAAAGCAGCUCGUCGGGCCAACUGACUCCUGACGGAUCAUGGCGGUCCAGUCCAGAGCGUCGGUUCGCCCACCGGUCCGCUGCUCUCCCGUGGACGCAAGGCACAGCCAGUAACGUCCACAAGGAUGGGCCCGGAGCUUUCCUGCUGGACCUGCACAAUUUCCCCGACCUCUCCAAAGCUGAUAUCAAUGGGCAGAAUCCCAACAUACAGGUGACAAUUGAGGUCGUGGAUGGUUUAGAAGCGCACGAGCCAGAAAAAGGCCACCGCAAGGAGAGCAAACCCAACUGGGCUUCUACCAACUGGAGAAACUGGUGGCCUCGCACGUCCUCCACAUCGUCCUCCACCACUCAUCAAGCGCCAGAGCACGAUCGGUCCUACGGAGAUAACGGCGAAGACAGCAACUUCUUGAGGCCGCCGGUGGAUUGGGACCGGAGAGGAGGUACCGGAGAAAGAGGCAAACCCCAAAUGGAAUACGACUACAUGGAUGGAGAGGGGGACUGGAGUAACUGGUCACUGUGCAGCGUCACCUGUGGAAACGGCAACCAGAAGAGAACCAGGUCUUGUGGUUACGCCUGUACCGCCACCGAGUCCAGAACCUGUGAUAUGCCAAACUGUCCAGGUAUUGAAGAUGCCUUCAAGACCGCAGCCACAGAAGUGAGCCUGCUGGCCGGAACAGAUGAUUUCAAUGCCACUGAGCUCUUCGGCGUUGACACAGACAGCUGCGAGCGAUGGAUGAAUUGCAAGAGCGACUUCUUGAAGAAAUACAUGAGCAAAGUGGCCAACGACCUCCCGAGCUGCCCUUGCUCGUACCCGACGGAGGUGGCGUACAGCACGGCCAACGUGCACGACGCCGCCUCGCGCAGAAGUUUCCGCUGGAAAGACGCCAGCGGGCCGAAGGAGAAGCUGGAGAUCUACAAGCCCACGGCGCGAUACUGCAUCCGCUCCAUGCUGACGCUGGAGUCCACCACGCUGGCCGCGCAGCACUGUUGCUACGACGACGGCAUGAAGCUCAUCACGCGCGGCAAAGGAGCGGGGACGCCCAAUCUCAUCAGCACCGAGUUCUCGGCCGACCUGCACUACAAAGUGGACAUCUUGCCCUGGAUCAUAUGCAAGGGGGACUGGAGUCGCUACAACCAGGCCAGGCCGCCCAACAACGGACAGAAAUGUCGCCACAACCCCCAGGAAGACGACUACUACAAGCAGUUCGAAGAAGCGACAGAGUUCUAGCCCUUCGCUUGGACGCUAUUCCAACAUGGUGAUGCCGCCAUUUUGGAUUCAAAGGUUCCGAGACUUUAAAGUACGAGAACCUGAAAUCAAUGAGAACCAUUUAUAUGGACACCAAGAACUACCUGGCACUGAAUAGUGUGCCUUUUAAAAAAAAAAAUAUACCUCUGAAAAAAAAUUAUGCUUUUUUUUUUUUUUUUUAGUGGUAUCCUGUCAUCAAUAAAGGGAGUUUCUAUUCUUAAAGGGAAAUGAAUAUUAGAUAGACAUGUCCAAGUGUGUGUGAUGGUUUCCCCCACAUUUUUUGCAUUUGCAGUAAACUUAUGUGUAUGUUUAGCAUGCAUUUAACAUUUAGCAUGCACAUAUCAUUCGUGAACAGACCUCCAUUGUAAAAAGUCUGCAUUGUCUUUCUGUAAAGUAUUUAUUUGAGUAGUAGCUGUGACUGAUGCGGGAAGAUUAAUGUCUCAGUGUAGGUUGAUAGUGGACUGUGUGAAUGCAAUAUAGUGGACAUAUUUUUGCAGGUUAUAAA